GGCGGGCCGAGGGUCGCGGCUCGGAGCCGGGGGCGGAGGCGAUGGCGGCGGAGGCCGCCGACCCACGGAGAGCCGGAGACCUGCCGCAGCUGGCGGAAAAUCUGCUGUGUCGGCUGCAGGAGAAUUUUCAGGCUCUGACGGAAAAGUUAACGCUGAGAAUGGAAGAAAUGGGUGAGCGCAUCAAUGACCUUGAGAAGCGUGUUGCUGACCUGAUGACAGAGGCUGGGAUAGAAGAGAACACUGAUGAAGACUUGAGAGUAAAGAAACUUAAUUAAGUGUUUAUGUAUUUUAUAUAUUUCCACUUAAUUUUGAAUGAUGGGCAAGAAUUAGCAUGAAAAUAACGUUUACAUAUUUACAUAUUCAAAAGUGUACUUUUUAAAAACAUAUUUAAAAUUAUCUUGGAUUUCUGUUUGCCAAGAGCCAAAGAAUGCUACCAGUUUUACAAAAGAAAAGCUGCAUCUUGCUGCGUCUCUUUCAGCUGAGUGCCAUGUAUGAGGGUGGUAGUGCAAACUAAUCCCAAGUACGUAAAUUGAGGCUGUACAUUUGUAAUGAAAUGUAGUGGCUUAAAGUGCUCCUGCCCACCAUUCCUGUCCCUCAGGUAUGCUAACCUAGCUGACUGAGGAUUCUCACUGGUAUAAAUUUAUGUACAUGUGCUUUUAAACCUGCUUCAGCUUCCCAGCAUGGCUCAGAGCACACCUCUUACAUGCACUCUUAGUAUUUAUGAGACGGCCUUGCUUCCCUGUUCUGUGGAUGCAGGUGAUGUUGUCUUCCUGUUGUUGCACACUUUCCUGAUUCAAAUUGAGACACAUCAAUUAUUCUUGUGAUUGAGACUGCUUACCCAGUGAAAGACAGAAACGUCUGUAAAUA